CCUGCAGUUAGUCGUUGAGAGCAUGAUGUGGUCAACGUGUCUGCUCUUGGCGGUGAGUCUGCUAGCCCUGCCAGCCCCGGGACUCACCUCUCGAAAUCUAACGGAGUUUAUGGGACAUCGACAGAAGCGAUGGCUGAUCUACCAGAACAGUGGUUCCCUGAAGUUCAGCAUUGGUCCUUCACUACCCAUACCAUUGGAGGAUAAGGUUACCUUCCGAUCAUGUGUACUCUCCUUUACGCUCCAAGGAGGAACCUAUUCGCUACCCACUUCACCUAUCUGGCCAUGGGAUAAGUGGGAGUCCACUUUCGCUCGAUCCUUGACGCAGUUGAGGAAAAAUAUUGAAAGACAUACAGCCAAUGGUGGAGUAAGAUAUGUAGACGAUUCCAGGCUUUUGGUUUAUACUGCUCUGGAGGACUAUAUCGGCAGGAGCAACAAUGAUCUUUCUAUGGGUAGACAAUGCCUGUUAAGGUCCAUUUGCGAGAAUGCCCAAAUUCACCAUCACAUCGGUGUAUUCUCAGAAAUAAUGGAUAUUAUUCUCAGCCCCGGCAAAGCAGAUCUGGAUAAUUCCUACCACGAGGCCUAUGCCGCCGGAAAAGCUGGAGCCAAUUGCCUGGGUCUCUACAGAUCCUGUCCCCGGGGUCUCAACUUCCUUGACGGGCUUUUGAUUGAAGAAGAUGAUUGAUUUACUGCUGCUGCUUCGGAUUUCUGGGAAAUACGGUAGAGAAUGGGGAUCCGCAAUAAAGUUUUCAGCCAAAUCAAAGUGCAUGUCUAAUGGGUCUUGUCCUGAUGUCGGAUUUCGCUUGUUCUUGCUGCAUAAUUUGGGGCGGAAAUGCACGGAAGCAUGUCUGAGGGG